GCACCGCACGGUGGUGGUGGCUCUCGGCUCGGCCAGAUUUGUUUAAUUAUUCGCCCCGGGUUUACCGCGGCCGCCAAUCGGAGGCGCCGCGCGCGGCCACAUCCCUUUCUUUCUCUUUCCUCGCCUCGCCUCGCCUCGCCAUUGGCGAGCCGCGGCUAUAUACUAGGCGCACCCCGCCGCUGCGGCGCGCGUUUCUCUCUCUCCUUGUCUCUCUGUGCUGUUGUUGUUGCGGGUGAAUCUGCUUGGAUUUCGUCGGAGUUUUCUGUCGCGGAGGAGGAGGGGGUGGUGGUUGAUCGGAGGGGAGGGGGGAGGGAGAUGGCGAGGGAGAGGAGGGAGAUACGGAGGAUAGAGAGCGCGGCGGCGCGGCAGGUGACGUUCUCGAAGCGGCGGCGGGGGCUGUUCAAGAAGGCGGAGGAGCUGGCGGUGCUGUGCGACGCCGACGUCGCGCUCGUCGUCUUCUCCUCCACCGGCAAGCUCUCCCAGUUCGCCAGCUCCAACAGUAUGAACGAGAUCAUUGACAAGUAUACUACACAUUCAAAGAACCUGGGGAAAACAGAUAAGCAGCCUUCUAUUGAUCUGAAUUUAGAGCACAGCAAGUGUAGCAGUUUGAAUGAACAACUGGCAGAAGCAAGUCUUCAACUUAGACAGAUGAGAGGUGAGGAGCUUGAGGGAUUGAGUGUGGAAGAGCUGCAGCAGAUGGAAAAGAACCUCGAGGCAGGACUGCAGCGGGUGCUCUGUACAAAGGACCAGCAAUUCAUGCAAGAAAUCAGUGAGCUCCAACGAAAGGGCAUUCAGCUGGCAGAAGAGAAUAUGCGCCUCAGAGACCAAAUGCCUCAGGUGCCUACUGCUGGCUUGGCGGUUCCUGAUACUGAAAAUGUUCUUACUGAAGAUGGACAAUCAUCUGAAUCUGUGAUGACUGCAUUAAAUUCGGGAAGCUCGCAGGAUAAUGAUGAUGGUUCUGAUAUAUCCCUGAAACUAGGGUUGCCUUGAAAUAAAAGGACCAGCUAGAGAGCUGAGAAAUGGGAUGACGACCACCAUGAAUUAUUUGUCUGUGUGCAUGAGUGGAUGAAGUUGGAAGUUAAAUGCAUCUUAAGAAGAUCAAGAAGAUGUCAUGCUAUGAGAUUACCAACAAGGCUGCAAUAAUCCUAUCCUAUGUUAAAAAGGAGAUCGAUUGACUUGUCAUCCUAUGCCUGCUGAUGCAAUGGUCCGGUUGCUUGGAUCUUUUUUUCUCAACUUGUACUAGUGUACCAUACUACCUUCGUCGCACUUAAUUUAAAUGCGACAUGUACGUAUGUAUCGUUCGCUUAAUUCGUGCAAGUUAUGUACGUACCUGUAUGGGAACUGUAUGGAAACUUGUGACCUCGGCUGAGACUUAUUAUUGGCACAAUUAUUAAGCUAGUCAUUCUCAUCAUAA